CUAGCCGCCCACAGCCUGCCAGCAGCCUCUCGGCAUGUGUACCGGCAUCUAAGGAAGGCCAUCCUGGACCGGCUUGGCAGCACGCCAGAGGGACAUUGCCGCCGGUUCCGGGCCCUCCCCUUCGAGGACGCUGACCGGCCCUUCUCCUACGCGCAGCGGCUCCUGGAUGCAGCGAGCCGCUGGCUCCAGCUGGGGGUGCGCUCCGCUGAGGAAGUCGUCGGGCAGGUGGCGCUGGAGCAGUUAAUCGCCGGCCUGCCAUCUUCGACGGCGAAUUGGGUCCAGUGCCAUCGCCCCGCCAACCUGGAAGCAGCCGUCGUCCUCGCGGAGGAUCACCUCUCGCUUCCCCGGCGGAGCAUGAAAGAGGAGCCCCGACCACCAGCCGUCUCAGUGGGCAGACCCGUCCCAGCCCCGAGGAGGAGGUUUCCUGGAGCAGCUGCCCUUCCCUCCCCACCAUCACACGGCCCCAACCCCGCAGCCCCGACACUUUCCCCCCUAGCUCUACCUUACCCUCCUGUUUUUAUAUCUCCCCAGAGUCCGGCCUACGCUUCUGGUCGUCCGGCACCACGGGGGGCUCCUCAGACGUCAGGGCAGGAUUGCUGGCGGUGCGGGCAGCCCGGCCACUUCCGACGGGAGUGUCCUCUCAUGGAGGUCGGACAGCUGGUUCGGGUUGCAGGACCGCCAGUUGCCUCCCCCGAUUUGGAAGGGACGUACCGUAUACCGGUAUGUAUACAGGGGUGUACACACCAGGCUCUGAUGGACACGGGCUGUAAUCAGACGAUGAUCCAUCAGCACCUGGUUCGGACUGGGGCAUUGAUUGAAGCAUCGUGGGUGAAGGUGAGGUGUGUGCAUGGGGAUAUUCACCAGUACCCGGAGGUGACGCUGGAAAUUUCUUAUAAGGGGAAAAAGCAUAGAGUCAGGGCUGGAGUUAGCACUCGCCUUACGCACCCUCUGAUUUUGGGAACGAAUUGGCCGGGGUUUGCUAAGCUAGCGGGGGCUAUGGGGGUGCGUUCACGGACGGCAGGGAAAUGUGAGUUGUGUGCUGUGUUUAGUGGAGAGUCGGAGGCGGCUGACGACAUCGAGGGGGAAACGGACACGGAGGGGGCCGCGGAGGUCCCUCUGGACCCGCUGGUGUUUCCCGUGGAAGAUUUCCCCCUCGAACAGUCGAGGGACGAGACCCUUCAGCACGCCUUCGGCCAGGUGGUGAGUAUUGAUGGCUCCCAGCUACACCCAAACGCAGCACUCACUCACCCACACUUUACGGUGGUUAGGGACAGGCUGUAUCGUGUAAGCCAUGACACACAGACAGGAGAGAUAAAUACCCAGUUGUUGGUGCCAAAAAGCCGUCGGGAAAUGGUUUUCCAGGCGGCUCAUUAUAACCCCAUGUCAGGUCACCUAGGGUACGACAAAUCACUACACCGGAUAAUGGCCCGAUUUUAUUGGCCGGGCAUUCGCGCAGAUGUGAAGCGGUGGUGUGCAUCUUGCCGUGAAUGUCAGCUGGUUAACCCGCCGGCCAUCCCCAGAGCGCCUUUGCGCCCGUUACCAUUGAUUGAGGUGCCUUUUGAGAGAGUUGGUAUGGACCUCAUCGGGCCAUUAGACCGGAGUGCACGGGGAUAUCGCUUUGUACUAGUCCUAGUGGAUUAUGCAACGCGAUAUCCCGAGGCAGUGCCGCUGCGUAAUAUCUCUGCAAAGAGCGUCGCGCAGGCACUGUUUCACAUUAUCUCCCGAGUUGGGAUCCCGAAAGAGAUCCUGACUGACCAGGGCACACAGUUUAUGUCACGCACACUACGCGAGCUGUAUGAACUAUUGGGCGUCCAUUCAAUACGGACUAGUGUUUACCAUCCGCAGACCGACGGCCUGGUGGAACGGUUUAACAAAACACUAAAGAACAUGGUUCGUAAGUUCGUUCACGAAGAUAGCCGUAAUUGGGAUAAAUGGCUAGAUCCUCUGUUGUUUGCAGUGCGGGAGGUGCCCCAGUCCUCCACGGGAUUUUCUCCCUUUGAGCUGUUAUUUGGUAGGAAGCCCCGGGGUGUUUUGGACCUAGUUAAGGAAAACUGGGAGGAGGGUCCAAGCACCAGUAAGAACGAAAUACAGUACGUUAUGGACCUGCGAGCAAAACUCCACUCACUGGGGCAGAUAUCACGGGAGAAUUUGCUCCAGGCUCAGGAACGUCAGCAGCGCCUGUACAACAGAGGGUCGAAACUGAGACAAUUUUCACCGGGAGAUAAAGUGCUUGUAUUACUCCCAUCCUCUAGCUCUAAACUACUCGCCAAGUGGCAAGGACGCUUCGUGGUCACACGACGAGUGGGGGACGUAGAUUAUGAGGUGGUGCGUUCUGACAGGGGGGGAGCAACACAGAUUUACCACCUUAACCUCCUGAAAGCAUGGAGGGAGGUGGCGUCGGUUUCUCUGGCCACCACGGUGAUUGAGAGAGAUGAGUUGGGACCGGAGGUCAUUAAAAGCAACAAAGUAGCCCCGGUCUGUUGUGGCGACAAUCUCUCACCGGGCCAGAGAGCAGACGUUGCUUCGUUGCAAAGGCAGUUUGCCAACGAGUUCUCUAUGCUGCCAGGGCGCACCUCUCUCAUACACCACCGCAUAGAAACGCCCCCGGGCAUGGCCAUUCGUUCACGGCCCUAUCGGCUGCCUGAACACAGGAGGAAAAUUGUUCAGGCGGAGCUUCAGGCUAUGCUAGAGAUGGGAGUGAUAGAAGAGUCCACCAGUGACUGGUGUUGCCCCGUCGUGCUG